UAGAGAUGGCUACGCUUUCCAAGUCUUCCAAUUAUUGUGCCGAUACACUGAGUUUCUUGAAGUGGUUUGAGAACCAUUGGAAAUUAGAAAUUGCAGUGAAGGAUAAAUUCCAAACUCUCAGACUCAAGAUGAUCCUACUUGAAGCCUUCUUCAGCCCCAAAAGAAAGUGGCACACUGAUGACAAGAAUUUGCAAGUCCACCUUUGGCAUAUAAAUCAGGUGCUUCAUCAUGCUACUAAAUACUUCAUUCUGUCCAAAGGGAAAUGUUGGACCCUCCAAGAGAAGUUGUGUGGUAUCAUUUCUGGUGUCAUAAAGAAGCUUGAUGUGGCUAUUCCGCACAUCAGGCAAGUUUAUGCAAUAGUUUCAAAAUCAAGAAGAUCCACUUGUUCCACAGCAAAUGAACUGAUUGAGCUUAUUCAUAUGCUUCUGGAGAAAAUGGAAAAUCUACUCAGCUGGAAGGCUCGGUCAUUUCUCCGUCUAAGUAAAGAAAUGGAAGAGCUUGAAGAGGAUUUGAGGUAUCUACGAAAUUUUCUUCGGGUUACAGAAAUUUGGUGCAAUAAAGAUGAGAUGUUGCAAGAUCUCUUGACACAUGCUGAAGCUGUGGCUUACAGUACAGCAUGUAUCUUGUUCUUGUGUACUGAAGAGAGCAAGAUGGAUGUUGACAUCGUGAACGAGAUGAAGGGUGAAGUUUCUUGUGUGGUACAGAAGAUUAAACCUUUUCAGCCAAGUGUGAGAGAGAUUUAUAUCAAAGCCCUGAAAGCUUUAGAGUCAUCGCCACAAGAUAUCAUUUUGGUGGAUGAAACUGUUCUGCAUUUUCUUUAUAGUCUCCUCGGCCACAUGAUAGAUCUAUCCAAAGUGAAGGCAAGUUUCAGGAGAUCUGUAAUAGAUCAAAUUGAAGCUUUGCAUAAGGAGCUACAGAUCAUGAGAGAUUAUCUGUUCGAUCCAUCAGCUUCGCAGUACAAUCAGAGCAAUGAGAAAGCUAAUAAUGUACUGUUGCACAUCAAAGAUUUGCUCUUUCACGCAGCAUAUGCUAUUUAUACGUCUUAUGACAGUGAUAUAACUAAAGAAAUGGCUGAGGUACUGAAUCUGACCGUUGCUGAUUUGUUCCAAGAGAUCGAGGAUAUCAAGCAAGAGGCCAGGGAUGUAUACGAUGAAAUAAUUGCCAAAUCACUAAGGUCAAAUUUCCCCAGAACCAAUGAAUUGGGCUUCAUGGAGUUUGUGAUCCAGAAUCUGCAUGAGCUGCUAAGUUCAUCAAAAGCUGGUUCAUGAGUUCUUCAGCUGCAGCAUCAAAUGGAGACAGUUCUUGGAAGUAUAUUAUCCCUCAGAGAAGAUGUCUUUGAAAUUAAAGCAUUGUUUCGAGAGCAGAAAGAACAGAGAGACCUUUGGCUGCAGUUCAUAAACAUUGUAUACCAUACCGAAUUUGUCAUUGAUUCAUUUACUGCGAGAAGUGGAUAUCUUUGGGAUUGGAAAUUGGGGCUGUUUGAUAUCAUGGAACAGAUUCAUAUGACCAGGAGAGAGAUCAAUGCUAUUAAAAUUACGAGGACAACUGACACUACAGUCCUCAAAAAUCUUGGUUGUGUAUCUUCUCUGGAAAAUUCAGGAAAUUCUGGUGCACUGCAGGAUCCCAGCUAUGAGGUUGGAAAUGAAACAAAGAAGCCCAUUGGUCACGUGGACCUUUUUGUUGAUGCAGAGAAAAAGAUAAGAGAGCAACUUACUAAUAAGUGCAAAGACUUGUGCCUACUCUCCAUUGUGGGAAUGCCUGGCAUUGGUAAGACAACACUAGGCAAUUCAAUAUAUGAAAAUCGUUUCGUUCGUUUAUGCUUUCAUGCUCGUGCAAGGUGCCACGUUGGUCAUGCGUGUCAAAAGAGAAGAUUGUUGCUUGAUAUUCUACAGCAAGUUUGUGGGGAAACUGACCAAGUAUGUACAAGGAAUGAUGAUGAUUUAGCUGAAAAGUUGUAUCAAAGUCUCAAGGGCAAAAAGUACUUCAUCUUCUUGGAUGAUCUGUGGGAUCUUAGGCAAUGGAAUGAUAUGAGAGCCUCUUUCCCAAAUGAUAAGAAAGUAUCAGAUUCUAGGACCUGGGAGUUACUGCAAAUCAAGCUGUUUGGAAAAGAAAGUUGCCCUCCAGAACUUGUCAAAGUUGGACAGAAAAUUGCAGCCGAAUGCAAAGGCCUAACUCUUGCAGCAGAUCUGAUAGCUGGAUUACUGAGAACGAUGGCAAGCAAAAAAGAAUGCUGGGCACAAGUUGCAAAUAGUCUAAAUACACACCUUCUUGAGGAUCAAGACGGACGGUGUAUGCAAAUACUGGAACUUAGUUACAACCAGUUACCAGACCAUUUGAAACCAUGCUUUCUUUAUUUUGGAGCAUUUCCUGGGAACAGAGAAGUUCCAACCAGUAAGCUGAUGUGGUUAUGGAUUUCAGAAGGAUUUGUUAAAUUGCAAAAUGGUGAUGAAGGAAGCCCAGAGGAUGUAGCUAGGAGUUACUUGAAUGAUCUAAUUGCCAGAAGCCUAGUAAUAGAUUCCAAAAGGGGAUCCUCCAAUGGAGUGAAAGCAAGCUGUGUUCAUGAUCUAAUGCAUGAUUUUGCUCUGGCAAAAGCUAAAGAAGAGUGUUUUUUCCAGCAGCAAAUAUGUGUUCAUUCCAGACAUGUGUCUUCUCAUGUCCAGACAUUGUAUGAGCCAUACCGUCUGUGCAUCUAUUCAGAAUGGGAAUGCUUCAAAGCAUCAAUGCCUUUUGGCCCACGCCUCCGCUCUCUAGUGUCUUCUGACUUCUCAUCUUCUUGCCCCUUCGAGAGCUUCAAACUUCUCAGGGUGCUGGAUCUUUCAGGCACCAUUGUCGACCUUACUCCUUGCAUAUUCCAGUUGGUUCAUUUAAGAUUCUUAUCUGUUUGCACUUCCUCAACAAGGAUCCCCUGGGAAAUCAGCUACCUCCAAAACCUGGAAACUUUACUACUAAGAUCACGCAAGGGUAUUCAAUUGCCCGACACUGUUUGGAAAUUGGUGAGAUUGAGGCAUUUCAGAAUAGAUUGGCAUUGCUUUUUGCCGCGGUAUAAUCAAGAAUUCAUGGAGAAAACCUUCAAGUUCAAUAGCUUACAAACUCUUUCAACACCAUGUUUAUUUUUCCAUGAAGAUCUUGAGAAGACCAUGAGAGGCCUACCCAACCUUCGAAAGCUGAGUUGCAUAUUUUUAGAUUCAUGGGAUCAUUCUUUCAAUUGCAAUCGGUUUCCUGUUCUGGACUUUCUCACUCAACUUGAAUCGCUCCAUGUGGUUUACGGUGGUCAGGUGGUUCGUCAUCCUUGUGAAUUCAACUUUCCCCACAAUCUUAAGAAGUUGAAGUUAUCAAAGUUUCGUUUGCCAUGGAGUGCAGUAUCAACCAUUGGGAAACUGCCUAAUCUGGAAGUUCUCAAACUAUUGCAUGCCUCCUUUGAGGGCAAAACAUGGGACAUGAAAGAAGAAGAAUUUCUUAAACUCAAGUUCUUGAAGUUGGAGUCGUUGGACAUUGCACAUUGGAAUGCCUCAGAGGAUCACCUCCCUUGCCUUGAGACACUUGUGGUGAAGAAAUGUCAUGCACUUACAGAGAUCCCUCUUUGUUUGGGGGAUAUACCCACACUACAGAGGAUUGAGUUGCAAAAUUGCACCCGCUCUGCUUGGAUUUCAGCCCGUACAGUGAAAGAAAAACAGAAGGAAAUGGGAAAUGACCAGUUUGAGUUCACUUUUAAGUUUGAGGGAUCGUGGAGGGUUCCCUAUGAAGCCUAGUAUACAAUCGUCAUUUACAUUAAUUUGCUUGAUGAUGUACACUGCAGAGAUAAACUCUACUGAUCCUAAUCAAUUCUUCCUUCUAAAAGGUGUUCCAUUUUAUUUUAU